CAUCAUAACCAUACUCUCACCAAAAAGAACACUCUAAAAUCAGCGAAAUUAACCAUGGCAGUAGAAAAAAUGUCGAAGGAAGUAUAUCUUGCAGCAGUUAAAGGUAACAUAGAAUUCCUUCAACAAACCCAAAAUGAUGCGUAUUUACUUACCAAAACCUAUGAAAACAAUACAAUUAUUCAUAUUGCCGUACAACAUGAAGAAUAUGACUUCAUACAACAAUCUCUUGAUAGAUUUGCCCAUCAUAAGCUGAUUUCUGACAAGAAUUCCUGGGGAAAUACACCUCUUCAUGUUGCGGCGGAGGUGGGGAACUUACGCAUUGUGACGUUAUUGUGCGAGUAUUGUGCAGAGUAUGACGAUGAUAGCAAGCCAUGGAAGUUGAAGAACUUAAAGGGGAAUACUCCGAUUCAUGUGGCGAUCAUGCAUCAUAAUGUUAAAAUUGCUAGAUUUUUGUUGGAUAUCGAUUCUACUUUGGCUUGUAUAGUCAACGAGUCCAUGGAAGCUCCCCUUCAUCUUGCUAUCAAACACCACGUCAAUUAUUCUGAAAGUGAAUCUGUGAUGGCGAAAAUAAAACAACCAAUCGACGAAGGAGGAGCAGCCUUGGCAAUCAAGCUUGUACCGGGAGAAGAUACAUCAAAUGUGAUCAAAUUAUUGAUAGAGAAAGGGAGUUGUGUAACAUGUUGGCCUGAUGCAAAAGGCUGGACACCUUUGCAUGCAGCAGCUUCACUUAGCGCACCUUAUAAUUUGGAAGUCAUACGGUCUAUACUUUACCAUUGCCCACAAUCUGCCGAGGUGUGCGACAAGGCUGGCAAAUCUAUCUUACACCUUUUGAUUUGUAAGCUUCCGAGCUACCAAGAGGGUAUUAAUUUGCUUAAAUUUAAGGAAAUUUAUGCGUUAAGGAAUCAGCAGGAUCAUCAAGGAAAUACACCGUUACACCUUGCUGCACGAAAUAUGGAUAUUCAUAUGGUUCGAGUUUUGUUGGAAUCUUCUACUAAACUUAGUAUUAAAAACAUGGAGGGACUCUCGGUAGCUUCUUUUAUUCAACAGCAAAAGCUCCUUCAGCUAUUAAGGAAAAGAAAAAUGGCAUGGGCGGAAUCAGAAGCAGCCAAUAAAGGCAACAUAACCUUUUUGAGAGAUAGAAUGAGCAAGUUAGGAAAUUUAGAUUUUCUACACUCACAAGAUUCCCAAGAAAGAAAUGUCUUACAUAAAUUAAUGCACAUAAAAAAAGAAACCCAUAUCAUAUAUGAUGACUUUGUAGACUUCAUCCAACAAGUUGUAGUAAGCUUUCCGGGACUUAUUUGUCAAACAGACCAUAGUGGUGAUACUCCUAUACAUGUCCUUGUACGAAAUCAUUCUGAAACCAAAAUUUAUGUAGCAAAAUGCUCUCCAAAUAAAAAUGAUAGCCCUGAUUAUACAUCAUCAUCACUGUGGAUAUCAGGAUUGUUGUCAGUGUUACUAGAAUUAUGUAGUCAAUGUAUCCCUAAAGUUCAAGGUACAAUAACGACACCGUGGUUGGUGCAAAAUUCCAAGGGAAAUACUCCUCUUCAUGAAGCAAUCAUGGCAAAUAAUUAUAAAUUGGUGCUAAAAUUGUUAAACCUCGAUAAAGGAUCGGCUGGUAUACUCAACAAUUGUAAAGAGACACCACUUCAUUUGAUGGCCAGAUGUUCAACUAAUAGCUUGGAGCCAUUCAAGACGGAAGACAUAGAGUCAAUGGUGAAUGCAAAUAUUGAAGCAACCUAUUCGCUAGACAAAGAUGGCCUAACUCCCUUGCUAAGAGCAACUUAUGAGGGCAAUCUUUCUACGGCUAGAUCAUUGUGCAGUAUUGCUUCAGCUUCAGCUAAGAUUUGCAAUGCAAAUGGUCAGUCAUUUUGGCAUCUUCUCGUAAAUCAUCCAUCAGAUUACUAUGUGAAACUCCUACUUAAAGAUUCAAAUUUAAGACCACAUUUGAAGUCAAAAGACAAAAAUGGAAAUACGAUGCUGCAUCUGGCAAUUGAAGGCAACCGUUUUGACAUCGUGAAAGUCUUCUUUGAAGUUUGGGACAGUGAAGGAAAGUCAACUAUUAAGAGAAAAUGGUUUGUGGAUCUUUUAAAUAUACAAAACAAGGCUGGUAUUACUCCUGGUGAUUUAAUCGGAGAAUCAACAUGCCUUCCUACCGAUGUUGAAAAAUGCAUCGAGGAUAAAAAAGAAAUGCUAGGUGUACGUAGCGUAUGGGGCAUACCAACAAUACAAUUGAAAAACUACGUAAGCACAAUGGGAAUAAUAGCCGCGCUUAUCACCACAAUAACAUUCACAACAACAUUUACAGUCCCGGGUGGCCUAUUCCAAGACAAAGGGACACCAAUAUUCCUUAACAAGGCAGCAUUUCAAGUGUUUAUGAUCUCAGAUGUGGUAGCAAUGUGCUUAUCAAUGAUGGUAUUAUUUUGUCUACUGUGGAUCAUGGCUGCCGGAAAUCGACACAAUUCAUUAAUGAUACUCGAUUUCAGCGUAUCAUUGCUACUAGCAUCUUUUUUCGCGACUCUACUAACUUUCAUGACGGGUUUGUAUGCAGUCAUGUAUCCGAUCAAACCUUGGAUUGCGUUCGUAGCUUUGGGUCUUUGCUCUUUGAUAAUGUUGCUUGCUCGCAAAUUUUUGGUCCUGAAGUUGUUGAUUCCUUUCGGAAAAUUGUUUAUUGUUUUUAUUUGGCAGUUGCGUGAUUUUGGUGCUAAAUUAUGUACAAAACUCAGUGCUUGUUAUAGCAUAGUCUUAAGUAAGUUGAAACCAGGUAGACAAGGUCGCACUGCAAGUAAACGUUUGCCCAUCAAUGUGUAGAAAACAGUAUCCCAUCUACUUCAUGCAUCCCAUCUGUUUAAUUUGCAUUUGUGUAAGAACCUUUGAAAAAAAAUAAAUUUAAUGAAAUUAAUAAAAUUGUUGUGCCAAA